UUGUCAACAGUGGUCUGCCAAACGCGAAGGGAUAAGCACGUUUUUCCGUAAGCUUUCCACGCUUUCCCAACCUGAUCAGAGAUCAGGAAGUGACUGAAAACCGUUAAGCGAACGUUUCUAAAAAGGUGUCCGUUGAAAGUACGUAAAGUGGUUUGUAAAUUUUCUUCUGAAAAUUAUUGGUGUUUUGUGACAAUGAGUUUAGGAAAAUGAGGAAAAAUCAGAGAAUGUGUUUUGCAAGAAAUACCGGUGUAGUCAAUUAGAGUGAAGUGAUUUCCAAAUAAUUUUGGUGAAAGACUGUUCUUCUUCAACUGAGUACAUUGCUUCUGUGUAGUCUUCUGGAGUUUUACUACAGGAAUGACUACAAUAUGAAAAUAUGAGGCCGAUAGUCUCUCUCAUCAAUGGUGUGGGUGACAAGAUAUAAAUCUUCUUCACCGAGUGAGUUCACCAAGCUAUGAAUCUGGCCAACAAGCAGUAUAAGCUGUUCUUAAUAUUAUUUUUGGUGUUUUCUGGGGAGGCUGCGCAUGCGGUCAAGCGUUUCACCGGUCUCUACACAGGUCCUUAUUUUGAUCCCACAACAACAACGAAUAUAACUACACAAUUAGGCACUCAUGCCUAUUUGCCUUGCAAAGUGAAACAGCUUGGCAACAAGUCUGUGUCCUGGAUAAGAAGAAGAGAUGCUCAUAUUCUCACAGUAGAUAGAUACACUUUUAUAGCAGAUGACCGUUUCCAAGCCUUUCUAGUUGAGGCUACUGACACAUGGACACUUCAAGUCAAGUAUGUUCAGGCAAGGGAUGCUGGGCAGUAUGAAUGCCAAGUUAGCACAGAACCAAAAAUGAGCCAUUUUAUUACCCUUAACGUUGUAGUGCCAAAAAUUGAAAUAUCGGGCAAGUCAGAUGUCUACGUGCGUACUGAAAGUACAGUGAGCUUGAGAUGUGUGAUAACCCAGUCGUUGGAGGAGCCAGCCUAUAUAUUUUGGUACCACGAUGGUGAAAGGGUUCUGAAGUACGACAGAAGCGCUAUCGAUAUUCGGACGGAAAGGCUUGGAACUGAUACUACAGAGAGCACUCUUAUUAUCUUCCACGCAAAACCAGAGCAUUCUGGCAACUACACCUGCAGUCCCUCCAAUUUGGAUUCAGCCAGUGUUCUUCUGCAUGUCCUGAAUGGAGAGCAUCCUGCAGCUAUGCAACGAGGUAAAAAUUCAGCAUCUCCGAUACCAGGAUGGUCUCAUUUGUCGAUGGGGUUAGGAUUGGCUACCUGUACACCCCCUAGGUUUGCUGCAGCGGUUGCCAUCACUGUGGCAGCCAUUGUGCAGCUCCUAUCGAUAGCUACAUAGAGCAAAAAAAAAAAAAUAUGGGAUUGAAAAAAAAGUUUUACGCUAUUUUCAUUUCUGAAUUUAUUCGAUUGCCCUUUUCAUUUAUCAUUUCAUCAAUUAGAUUUUAUACCAUAUUUGAAAAAAAUUGUAAUAUAGUAUUAUUUCAGAUUUUAACUCUUCUAUCUACAGAAAAUUCAACAGAAAUUUCGCUUGAAAUUUGGAUCAAAUUCUGUAAACUCAGUCACUCAGUGUUGAACAAGGAAAUGAGAAUGCGACUUAUAACAAAAUGAAAUAUGGAAUAUAAAAAGGGAAUUGUUGAAUCAGGGAUUUGUGGUGGGUUAAAAAAGAGGAAAUUCAUAUGAUUCGUUGAAUUUCACCUGGAGUGAUCUAAGUAUAAACAUAACUUUAUCAAUUUUAUUGAUGCUUGGUCUCACCUCAGCCUGAUCUGAACUAUUCGUAAGCAUUAUAAUGCAUAAGUGAUAUAUAAACCCAUAGUUUCGCAAGGUAACGCGUGCAGAAAGUUUGCUGCUUCUUAUUAUGUAAUUUACUGGUUCCAUACAACCAGAGGGUGGAAUAAACAAACCCCCUAGUGGCCCGUUUCCCUUCUACCUAUUACUGUUGACCUUACAACCGAUUUCAUGACAAUUUUUUUCGAAUCAACUUUAUAUUUAGGUAUAAAUUUUAUGUCGACGUAAAAGUUUCACCUACAUAUGCGGUUUCACCUAUAAAAUUUGCAUUUUGGAUGUUUCGGUUAUUAUGAUAUACAAUGUUUGGAUCCCUUGAUAUCGAAAGUGGAUGCGAAUCUCACAUAGUGUUCGAUUCUAAUGAAAUUCUUUUUACAUUUUUGCACUUGCACUUAUGUUUUUCGUUUUUUCUAGUUUUCAAAUAUAUUGUGCUUAGUCUAAAUAGAUUUCAAUUAUUGAAUACUUUUCACACAAUGCUAAAAAAAAUAGCUUUUGCCUAAGACGUUCACUGAAGUGAGAUCAAUAUGCAACAUCAUUUUCAUAACUAUUCAAACUCAACAUUUACCUGAAUUAACUUUGUUGUAAUGCAUUCUGGUUUAAAUUAUCUUGUGAGCUUGGCAGGAGUAUUUCUAUAAUCUUAAGAGCAGUAGGUAAUUCAAUAAUUACAACGAAUAUUAUCGAAGUUAGAUGAAGACCUAUAGGUAAUAUUCACAUAUUGAAUUAAAAUUUUCCACUUGAAUGAAGUACCAACUGCUCGAUCAACAUCUCUCCUAAAUAGAUAAAUGUGAUUUUAACAUUUUGUUUUCAUUUUUGAUUCGUACAUCGAGAUUGAGGGACUUUCAGUGUACACAUUAGGUGAGCAGAAUUGAAUGACACUCUCGUUACAACGAUCCGUCAGUUUGGAAUAAUGUAAUUAUCUAAAAAAUUGUAUUAUGUUAUUUCAUCUUUUGAGACUUGAGACCACCAAGAAAAUUUUAUUCAUUCAUCAUAAUGAGAAUUGAACAUAAGGACCGGAUACAGAUUAAUCUAAAUUUUAGAAAUGAACGAUAUAAUUCGUAUAAUUAUUCCUUAUAAUCUCAAUUUUUCGUGGGAUCUUCUCUUUUCUAGCAUAAUCUAAUAUUUCCUCAAAAAAAUUAUUUCUACGCAUGGCGCAUAAUUAUUAUGUUAUGUUAUGUUAUGAUAUGUUGUGUUAUGUUAUGUUAUGAUAUGAAUAUUGUGGUUGUUUCGAAUAUUAAAAAAUAUCUUUGAGAUUGCUGAAAAAUUCAGUCAGAAAAAUUCUUUUCGGCUUAAUGUAGAUAGGUUUGAUCUGAAUUAAAAUUGGAUAAACUGGUGUGAUACUCUUUUGAGAAGAAUUCAUUGAGAAGAAAAGAAAAUGCGUAUGUCUAAGAAAUAUUUCGAUUUGGUUAUAUUGUUGAAUUAUUUAAUAAGGUAAUAAGGAAAUUAUGAAAAUUUCGCUGAAUAUCUCGAUGAUUUCGAUGUGCUAAUUUCUGUUUUGGGUUUGUAAAUAAAAAUUUUUUGGAAGAACAUUUAAAUUUUAAAAUCAAUUAAGUGUGAAUGUUAGUGUAAGAUAUUUAGAUUUAAAUGUAAAAUUUAAAAAAAUAUUGUUGCAAUUGUAAUAAUUCUGAAUGUAUGAAAGUGCUAAUGUAUAAAGUAUUUCUACUGUGAAUUUAUUUAUUGUUUCCGAAAACUCGAUUAUUUGCUAUGCCAUAUUUCAAAUGAGUAUUGUACAUGUCUGUAGUGUGGACCAGUUCGACAAAGUGUAUUCUAUGAGCUUUCUGUACUUCUGUAUUAAGAUGUAGCCAAUCUUUGAUUUGUUCGCAUCAGUAUCCAGCAAAAAAAAAAGCCAUUUCAUAUGAAAUCCAUUCAUACAUGUGAGUGUUGAAAUUUGUUGUUUAAUGGUCCACAUAAGUAGUUUCGAGAAAUGAAGGAGGUUGGUCACGUCAAGCACAUAAAGCUUGAUUUUGUAAAUGUUUGACUUUCUUUGAGGUGAAGGUUUACCUUCAUUUCCGUAACAACUUGGGAAUUCUACUCAUAUUGGUAACUCAAAAUGUAAAUUAUCUGCUGUUCAACAGUCAGUAAUUUGUGACUAGUAGUAGAUACUUAUAUUGUUUUAUAUCCAUUCCAUUGAUGUAUUUUAGGUGAUUAAGCGCAAAAUGUAAUCAUAAUUUAUGUUGAAAUAAAUCGUUAUAAUAAAA